UUCGAAUGACGUGUGCGCUUGCUUCCGGCCUGAACCAGUCGUGCAAAUGUCCUGCGUUCAUUUGGAGCGGAUUUCUUUUGGACCUCGUUCGGCAUGGAGAUUUCAUUCAAAGGCAAACACGCUCUGGUCACCGGAGCAGGAAAAGGGAUCGGCAGGGCCACGGCCCGAGCGCUGGCGCGUUAUGGUGCAAAGGUCACAGCGGUCACGCGCACGCAGUCUGACCUGGACAGCCUGGUGCAGGAGUGUCCGUCCGUCGUCCCGGUGUGUGUCGACCUGGCAGACUGGCAGGCCACGGAGGCGGCCAUCAGAGACGUCGGCCCCGUUGAUCUGCUCAUCAAUAAUGCCGCAUGUGCCGUGCUCCAGCCAUUUCUGGAGGUCACGCCUGACCAAUUCGACCAAUCUUUCGCUGUGAAUGUGAAAGCAGUGCUGCACGUGUCCCAGGUCGUAGCCCGCGGGAUGGUCGCCAGACGAUCGGGAGGCUCCGUCGUCAAUGUGUCCAGCCAGGCGUCGCGGUGCGCCCUGAAAAAUCAUACUGUCUACUGUGCCACCAAAGCAGCGCUGGACAUGUUGACGAAAGUAAUGGCUCUGGAGCUCGGACCCCAUCAGAUUCGUGUGAACAGCGUGAACCCCACCGUCGUGAUGACAGAAAUGGGCCGCCGCGGCUGGAGCGACCCCGAGAAGGCCGAGGCCAUGACAUCCCGCAUCCCGCUGGGCCGCUUCGCAGAGGUGGAUGAAGUGGUGAACAGCAUUUUGUUCCUGCUGAGCGACAAGAGCACAAUGACGACUGGAGCGUCUCUGCCCGUGGAUGGCGGCUUCCUGGCCUGUUAACCCCGCACCGCGUCAGCAGCAACUCUUUACCGCUCCCGCUUCAUCUCUUUUUUCAGUGGGAACCUUUCAUUUAGUUUGCCACGUCUGCG